AUAGACGCCCGCCUUCAGAAAAUCUAUCGUGUCGCAUCUAACGAGCCAUCCCAAUUCCCCAAGAGCAGUGAUAACCCUUCAUUGAAUUAUUCAUCCAUGCUCACCCAAUCACCAACCUUCAUCUCACCGCGAUAUCGCGAACUCCAAGAAUUCUGGGAUCUUUAUUGCAAAUGGUUGAUGAAGUGCAAGAAUCUGGAUGAUUCGCAAUCACAAAUUGAAUAUUGGAGAGCAAAGGAUUACUUUAUAGAAUUUAACAACGAGAUCCGGACUAAAUACAAAGGCGCUCCUGUUCCUUGGUCAAAAUUUCAACCUCCAGUUCCAACCUCGAUUAAUUAUUUGAGCAUGAUGAUGGAUAAAUUGGUGAAAUCUCAGCUUGGACUGCAUGCAUAUUUUAACUUGAUAAUAUUGCUGGGACAAUUAACGCUAAACAUCGCGUACAUCACAAAACAACUCGAGGAGGUCGUCACCUUUCCCUCGAAUGGAAGCGGGAUUUCAAACUCCUUGUCCAAUAGUUUUAGCCAAAGCUUCAUUCCUCAUACCAGGGAAGACUUCCUGAGAUCGGCAACCGGCAUUGGUUACUUGGUGGAAUUUUCGUUCCUGUCCAUUCUGAUAUUAGCAACUAUUUUUAAUUUCAUGGUGUUCUUUUUUUCUCAUUCCAUAAUGAACAAAAGCAUCUGGUUUCAAAAUACGAUCACCAUCAUCCAGGAAACGGCUGAAUUCUCUUUAUUCAAGUUCAUUCAUUUCCUAAAACCCUCAGCCUUCAUCACUGAAUUCCACGAUCCCCCUUCAUUGGACAUUAUCACGGAUCUGAUAAAAUUUCCACUCAAACAUAAACAGUGGGAACGACGAAUUGCAUUAUUUUAUAAAAUCUUUUAUGUCGUUGUUGCACGACCGACAUUCUUGGUCUUGGGAUUAGUAGCCCUCUACAUCAAAUUACUCUCCGUCUCCAAAGCCCUGGUAUGGUUUCGAACCUUGUCUGUCGUCCCCGGAACCAUUUGGAAUGAAAUGGUGGACAAUCGGAUGUUGUUAAUAAAUUUCUUGGGGCUAGCAAAUAAUAUUGCGGGUUUAUACGGAGUGCCACCCAUUGAUCAACGACGGGCAUUCUUUGAGAAUCAUCGGAUGCACGAGUAUGACUUUGUGAAUGUGCUGGUAAGGAAGUUUGUGGAUCAGGGCAAAGAAUGGCGAGGUUAUUGGAAUGUGGCGUUGUAUACGCUGAGCGUCACUAGUAAGGAUUUGAACGAAAUUUUUUGGGAUAACGUUUAUGGUGAUGAUGCCAACGUUUACAACGAGAGCUUUUAUCCCGAUAAUAAU